AUUUUAGGACUUUAAACACCUGCAGAACCCAAAAUGUAGUGUAUAAAACUCGUCGUGUCUGUCUGAACUAUGAACAUAUUUUGAAAACUAUUAAAAUCUCACUUCCGGCGUUCUCCGUGUGCAUUUCCUCAAUCGUCCGCUCGCUGUUCUGGUUGAGAAGGCCAAAUAGCGACUGUCCGUUCACUUCACUGAGAUGUCUGCUGCGUUACGUGUGGUCUACACCGUAUCAAGGCCAGGAUCAUUUCUGGCCAGUCAAUGUCUUGCACGUCCUCUCAGCCUAUCCGCGCACAGAGCAGGGAUAAAAUAUGUCAAUAAUCUGGAAGAUGCCACAGAUAUGAAGUCCGUCACGGACCGUGCAGCCCAGACUCUUCUGUGGACAGAGCUGUUCAGAGGUUUGGGAAUGACCAUGAGCUAUCUUUUCCGUGAACCUGCCACAAUCAACUACCCAUUUGAAAAGGGCCCUCUGUCUCCCCGUUUCCGUGGUGAACAUGCUCUGCGCAGGUACCCCUCUGGAGAGGAGCGAUGCAUUGCAUGUAAACUUUGUGAGGCCAUUUGCCCAGCCCAGGCUAUUACAAUUGAGGCAGAACCUCGUGCUGACGGCAGCAGGAGAACAACGCGCUAUGACAUAGACAUGACCAAAUGCAUCUACUGUGGCUUUUGCCAGGAGGCCUGUCCUGUGGAUGCUAUUGUAGAGGGCCCCAACUUUGAGUUCUCCACAGAGACUCACGAAGAACUGCUUUAUAAUAAGGAGAAGCUCCUCAACAAUGGAGAUAAGUGGGAGGCUGAGAUCGCUGCCAACAUUCAAGCUGACUAUCUCUAUAGAUAAACAAGCUUCAUGAACUAUCUCAUCUCAACAGUGACAAUAUAGUCUUCAACAUGCUCUCUUACCAAUAAUCACAGUUUCAAUUGCAUAAAGAAGAAUUGGUUUUAGACAGUUACAGUUGUGCUGAGUGCACAUUUUCAAUGCCCAGGGACUGAAUUCUUUUUUUGAAGAUGCACAUACUUUUUCGAUUUCUUUCAACUUGGUCAUACUUAUGGAUGCUCAGUUCACACACAGAUUAAAACAUUUCUCUGUACAUCUACAGCUGUCAUUUUGACUUUGAACACGUGUCACAACGUCACACAGAAACUGAGGUCACUUGUGUAAUAAAAAGUGUCUAAUGGCAUGAGAACCAAGUUGUGGACAAUGUUAUAUUCUCAUUUUGCAGCAGUCGAACCUCCCCAUUUUCUUCCUUUCAGAUUUUGACCAUCCAGUGGGUUUAAAUAAAGAAAGAGUUGUAAUAAACAAAAGCACUUCAGAAAGUGUUGAGUUUCUCACAUUGUAUCCUUACAGGUAAAACAUUUUAUUUGUCCUCGUGAGAACUGUACAAAGACUAAAUACUUGUGUACCGUAUAUAAUAAAUUAAUGCUCUGUCUAAGUCU